GACGCCUCUUUUCCCUUUUCAUGGCACUUGCUAAGCAACUGGAAAAUAUAAAAGCAAGAGGUGAUUGUAUUUAUCGCAGAACAAAAGCACCUCCUUCCAUAUUAUUUGAUGACAAAGUAUCCAGAAAGUUAGAUACUGAACAAAUACUGAAUCUUGCAGUGGAAGGCUUGGAAACUCUUAGAAACUUGGACCAGAGAUUUUGUCGUUUUGAACACAGCAUCUUUUCUUUAUUGCAUCCUAUUGAUAGAAAUUUGAAGGAUGAUGAAGAGAACAGGGGUAUAGAUAAAGAAAUUCGAGAAUUCUGUUUACUGGCCUCUCCCUAUUUCCUACUAAGAGCAACUCACAAGUGUUUAGAAUGGCUCAUUAGAGGACUGGAAGCAGGAAAGAGAAACGUGGAUGACCUAAUUGCUUUGGCGCUACCCUUUCAUGCCACACCACCUUUCAGUCGAGUGUUGAGUGCCUGUGAACUAGAACCAACUCGCUGGACAUUCUUGAAACCAGUCUGUCAACACAAGGAGUCUUUACAAAGAAAUACUUUAAGACAACAGGCACCUUUAUGGCUUUGGAGAUUCGUCACACAAACUGCAAAAGAUUGUGCACAACGUUCAGUCAGAGCUUCACAGCUGUUCUCAUUUUGGGCAGUCUUUGUGAGGGAAAAGUUGCAAACGAUUGGAGAGAAAGACAACAUCAUCAUGAAAGAUGUUCUUUUGGACACCCUUUUAGGUAUUCAAAUGAGACAAGGUGACUGGGACUCCUUACUGGAAUAUCGUAAUGCAAGCGUAGUUGUAUUAUGCACCUUUUUUGAAAGAUUCAAGUUGAACUCGGAUAUCCUGUCAGCGUGUAUGAAUGCGUUGUGUUGUAGUUUUGAGUCAGUUUGUUCUUUGCAAAACAUGACUCAGGCAGUCUAUCCAUUGGAAAAAGGAAGCAUGUUUUAUCAGUUGUUGAAGUCUCUGGUAAAAUGUUUAAUGCUAUUGUUCUUUUAUCAUUGCGAUGUGAAAAAGGAAAUGAAAGAUGCCAUUUUAACCUCAGAAAAUAUUUCUCAGUUGUGUAAGAAUGAAAAUACUCUGGUCAGAAUACUUAAGGAAUUGGCGAGCGAGUUGGAUAUUGACUACAGUAAGCCAUUUAUGAUAGCUCUGUGUCAUUCCAUGAUUGAGCAAUUGACUACCCAUAUUGACUACUUGGAAGCUUUGUGUCAAAUCUUUACUUUGAUGCCUGUACAAGAGUUCCUAGGUCACUUGAUUAAGAAACUAUUGGAAUUUUAUGAAAGACAUCUGGAAAUGUUGUCAUCCAAACCACAAAAUACGAAUAAUAUUGCUUUAUCUAGUACAGAAUCCCAAUCCAUUAUUUUACAACGCUUGCAAAAGGUCAUGAGCCGACUGAAGACUAUGGCAAAUACUCAAGAACUCGACUUGGGCAUUCGAGAAUAUUUAAAACAAUCCAAGAACGCUUCCAUUCGAGAGCAACUUGUUGGAGUUCUUUUUGGUAUAUUUAGUGGUUCCAUGUUAUUGCCAGUUAUUAUUCAUCGUGAAGAAAUGGACUCGACUGUUUUUGAUCAAGGCAAUGAGACUAUAGCAGAAACUUUGUUAGGUGUUUUGGAACAUCCAGAAGCAGCUAUUCGUGAAUAUGCGUUGAAAAUGUUGAAGCAACACUUAUUGGUACCUUUGGAGUCAAGUAGGGAGGAAGAUCACUCCACUGAAGAAAUAUUUCGUAAUAUAUCAGAAACCUUGAUUCGUCAUAUCGAUAUGGAAGAUUGUUUAUCAGUUGUCAAAUCUGUUUUAGAACUAUUUAUAGAACAUGUGAAGUUACAGAAUUCAGUCCGUACCUUGCUUUUCUGGUCAAUUGAACGUAGAUUGGAAAGGAUAUGGAAACAAGUGGACAACAUGGAUAAGCAAAUAACUUUAGCAUUGUUACAAAAGUUGCCAUUGCUUCAAGUAGAUGAGUCAACAUGUAUAACGCCUUCUUUAUUGGGAACUUUGCUGUCGUUUGUAUUCCAUCCAGACAUGGAUUCGGAUGUGAAGCAAGCUGCAUUUCAUUGUUGGAUGACUUUGUGGCGUAGAGCAACGAGUAGAAAGGAAGUGAAUCAUAGCGUUGAGAAUACAACAAGUAAUGAGACUGAUAUCUCUGUUUCUAUUAUGAUUGCAGUAUUGACCAAUUGGAUGACGAAGGAAGGUUGCAGAACCAAUGAGUCGACGUAUAUUAUAUCCAUUGUCGAAAAGUUGAUGAAGGAUUGUUUGGACAAUCUUUCUUAUGAAAAGAAACAACCGUGGCAAAUGCAAAUGACAUUUCACCAGCUUUUGUUUAUUUCGGUUGUCCUGAAUAUGUUUUUACGUACCACUUGCGAUGAUGAAAAACAUAACAACUCACUGAAGGAGAAGAUAUAUUGGCUCAUGACGUGCUUUGUAGAAUGUAUUGCUUUGUGGAUACUUUCAGAUGGAAGACUUUCAAAAAACAAGCCUCUUGAUUCUGAAUGGAAGAGUGCUUGGACAGAGCAUGCAAACUGGAUGGAUCCUUUAUUUCUUCGAAGGCUAUUUUUAGAAACAAAUGGUUCCCUAUUAUUCUUUGGUGGUAUGAGUGUGUUGAAACAGUUCUAUCAAACCAUGGACGACGAGAGGACUCGUAUUACCAAGAGAACUCAACUACUUGCUACUAUUUUGUUUCCACUGGAAAAUUCCAAAUGGAAAUGGAGCCUGUUUGAUCGAGAAAUGAUAUAUGAUUGUAUUUGCCAAUUAUCGAAGAGUGGUAUGGAAGAAAACAUUGUACAUUUAUUGUUCGAUAAUGAGUUUCAUUUUCGACCAUUUUGGAUAGCUUUAUACUUCCUCGUUGAAAAGACAAAAAAGAAGAAUGACCUUAGAAUGUCUAUCUUUUUUGUUCUAUAUCAAUAUUUUCCAUCGGCACGACCAGCUAUCGAAAGCGCAUGGAAAUGUACAAGUCAUGAAAUAGAUGAUAGGAAGAAAGAACUUGUUGGAAAGGGGAUGUUUCUUCAAGAUUCAAAGAUGCAAGAUCCAUCUGUACCACUAGUCCAUUAUAGAUUAUCCGAUGAUGUUAAAGUUGCCAUGUUGCGAAGCUGUUUUGAAAUGAAAUAUUUUUCCGAUUUUCAUAUCCAACUACUCAUUUUAUUGGCGCCGAUAGAUGAAGAACAAACCAUUUCUUUGGAGCUAUUGGAAACUGUAGUAGAAUUAUUGCAGCGUUUGGAAGACAACUUGAAAGAUUGGAACGAGGAUGAAUUGCAAAACACGUAUUCUUUGAUAACUCGUUAUUUUACAUUUGUAGAUGAAAAGGACCAACAAGUUGCCAGUGAAAAUCAACGUAUAUGGGAUGUUUAUUUCAAUCAUAUAACAUCGAAUACGGAUAGUAUUCGUAUUGCAUUUCUUCAGAGGUGGCCAUUCGUAGUCAGUUGUGGAAAUCAACAGAGAUGGAAAGACUUGGCACUCGUCUUGUUUCAAUUAUGGAUGGAUACGAAACAGGAAGAUGUCGUUGUAUUGCAAGUAAGACAACUGAUUAUGAAGUUGGCUGAAGUAGAUAUUUCAUUGUUUCUCAUUCAAUUGGAAGAUAUGGUCAAAGGUUCGCAGAUGGCAACUUGGGAAGAAUUGCCUUUGGUAAUAUCGCGUUCCAUACCGUUGUUGGAAGUAUUCGCUAAUGUAUCCAUUGAUGUACUGAACGAUGAAGAUGAUUUGAGCCAUUUGGUCAAGUCAUUGACUAUUUAUCUUUCCAUAUUAUCAAAAGCUCUUGAAAAUAGAGGCGAAGAAGUGCAAUCUUCCGCUUCUUCCUAUGCACAGGGACUAAUUGUUUCUAUUUUGUAUCGACUAUGCAAGUAUUUUGGGAAGCGAUUUCCGAUUGGCUCUCUGAAUCUGAAAAUAUUUACGCAAGACGAACAACAGCCAUGGGCAGGAGCAUUUUCACGCGCUGCACUCAUUCGUUUGAUUUGUUAUCUUACAAGCUUGUUUCCUUCCGAGUUGAAGGAGAAUUUUACCAAUGCUUUGAAAUGGAUGUUAAGAACGACGAAUACGGAAUACGUGAUUAGUAACAUAUCUUAUAUAACACCUGCAGUUAUUGCCAUUUUAUCACAAGACGAUAGGGAAGAUAUGAUUACUGUUCCAUUUAUAACUGAGUUGUUGUCUUUUUUGGACUCGGAAAGUUGUCUGUUAUUGGCAAGAAAUAUUUUCGAAUCACUGGGUCAAUGCAAGUUGGAGACUAUUUUGUUUUCUUAUUUGCUACGAGACGCAACGUUAAGGAGGAGACAAGGUGGAGAUCGAAAUAUCCAAACUUUUUGGGAGCCCUAUAAGAGAUUAUUGUUUAGUUUUCCUUUGACCAUACAGAUACAUGUUGUGGAACAAUUUUUGCAAACUAUGGAUACCACUUUUGAAGAGGAAAUAUUUCAUUUGAGUUUAGAAUGGGUACGUUGCACAACACUAUCUCCAAUGUUUCGCAGUUGGCAUGUGCAAGAUGACCAUAGUGUGAUGAGGAUGGAUUCUGAAGAAUAUCAUUUGGAGACAAGUGUUGUCUCUUUACUUGAAAGAGUGUUUUUCUUUUCUGUUGGAAGCCAAGACCGAAUGGAAAUGUUUCAGGAACAGUAUUCAUCAUCGAUACUUUGUUUGUUUCCUUUUCCUUUGUUUAUUCGAGCAAUGAAAAAUGUUCUCAGUAUGGAGUCGAAUGAAAUGGCUUAUCUUGGUUUAACAUGUAUUUCCCAACUACUUUAUACUGAAGAAUGGAAACAAACCAAACAUGCAACAUGGUAUGGGACUAUGGAAAGAAUCAAACAUUCUAUUUGUAUUCAACUUUUGCCUGAAAUAUUGGAGAUUGUAAUCAAAGUGCAAGUGAAGGACAGUAAGUUACGAAUGGCAUCCAUUGCUGCUUUAGAUAUUUGUGUGCAUAUGUAUCCUCGCGAAAACUUGUUGGAGAAAUUAUCACCCGCACUGCAACCACUGAUGAGUUUUUGUUGUGAGAAGAGAAAGACUCUGGCUUCUUCAAGUAUGCUUUGUUUGAGUACGAUUAUAAGAAGACUACGAAUAUCUUGUGUGGAAUAUGUUCCACAGUUAUUGCAGGUAAUCACUACGGUUUGGGAACGUUGUUGUAAGAUGGCCAACGAUAAAAAGCAAAAUAUCAAACAACAAAACUAUAUUCGAGCCGUCAUUGUUCUUGUUUCCAGUUUUCAAGAUCAUUUGAGCCAUUUUUGGAGUGUUGCGUGUGUUUGUUCCAUGUUGAAAUGUUGUUCGACAAGUUGUAAAAAUACAUUUGGUCAACAAGUGAUGGAUCAAAUGCAAAGGAUUAUGAGCCAUCUUCGAGUUCAUGUAGCGGUGCCAGUACUAAAUACGGGUUUGGAAGAUAUAUCUAUUCAUAGAAUACAUUUUCUAUUGUGCUGUAUGGAAAAAUGGUUUGAUAACGUAUCGAAUAAGGAACUUCGUUCGCAUCAACAUGAGAUUUUUAGUUGUUUAUUAAAAGCAUUGGAUAUUCGAAGACAAUCCAUAGAGAUGGGUUUAUUAUUAGAUGAAGAGGAGGUUGCAGAGUUGGAUAACAAGAUUGGAAAUAUUUUUACAAAACAAGCAUUGCGACUGAUGGAAAGUGACUUUAAGGUGUUGUUUAUGAGAUUAGUUGGUUGGUGUGAAGAAGAGUUCUCCAGUCCACAACUUAUGAUUCCUUAUCAUUGGGAUGAUCUUUGUCCUUUUCGUUGUUGCUAUGAAAGGCUCAUCUCCUUUUUUAAGGUCGUUUGUUCAUUAGCUCAAGGUUUGCGGGAACUUUUUCUACCUUACUUUUCUUAUGUUUUGGAUUGGUGUCUUUGGGUCGCAAGUUAUCCUUCAUUGGAAAAGUAUUGGAAGAAGAUGGAGAAUCAUUCCACCGAUUGGAAGUUUUAUAAAAGAAAAAAGGAAUGGCAGUCUGCCGACUCCAAUCAAAUUAUUGGAUAUCGCAAGUCUUUGGAGAGACGAGGAAUCAUGGAAGCAGUGAAUGCGAUACGGGAAUAUCUAAUGGAGUCACCAAGUCAUGGAGAUGAAUCCCUUUUUGACAGUAUCUUCCAUCUUUUAGAGAGUAGACUUGAUUCCAAUGCUACUAUGAUCGAUGCAAAUGUAUUGGCUUCCAUGAUAAGUUUGUUCGCGGAGAAGAUUGCGAAACAGUUAUCCGUCAACGAUGAAAAAGAUAGUGAUAAUAAUGUUAUUGUUGCUUCUGAGAGAAGAUUAGCUUCGUUGAAUCGUUUUCUUCUUAUCAAGUGUAGAGAUAAGGAUCAAGUGAAACAAGUUUCUAUGGUGUGUGUCGAACAGAUGAUACACCGUUUGGGCCAUCGUUUCCUUUCAUUGUUGCCUGAAACUUUACCUUUACUUGCAGAAUGUUUGGAAGAUGAAACACUCGAAGAAAAGACAAUGCAAGUGGUUCAAUAUUUGGAAGAUUUAUCGGGAGAGCCUAUUCCUCAAACUUGCGUCCAUAGACUUACACAGGAACUCAAAAGACUACAAAAGGACCCUCCACAAUAUAUACAUGUUGUUCCGUGUCCUAAAAACUUUCUAACUUGGUACUUUAUUUUGGAGGGACCUCCCGAUACCUGUUAUGAAGGAGGUAUUUAUUUAGGAAAGUUGAUUUUCCCAAAAGAGUUUCCUUACAAGCCACCUGCCAUCUAUUUAUGUACACCCAACGGUCGUUUACAGACGGAUACUCGUCUUUGCUUAUCUAUGAGUGACUUUCAUCCUGAAACCUGGAAUCCGUUAUGGUCUACUGCUGCGGUACUGAAUGGCCUGCUUUCUUUCAUGGUGUCCGAAGAAACUUCUAUGAAUACGUUGAAAACAAGUGUACAGGAAAAACGGAGACUAGCUUUGUUAUCUCACCGAUUCAAUGCACAGUCGAAAACGUUUUGUCAACUAUUUUCCGAGUGGAUAAGACAAGAUUGGGAUAGCUCAGCACUCCAAGAAUAGAGAAUCCUAUUUCCAAACUUUUUUGGAUAGUAGCCUUGUUG